UAUGGGAUAGUGUUGUGCACCAUCCACAAAUAUUCAAUAUUCAAAUACAGCCCAAGUUAAGCCUAAAGCAGAAGAAGAGUAUGAUUUUAAGGGAGUUAUAACUAAAAUUGAUGGCUAUUAUAGAGGAUAAGUUAUUCGUUAAAAUAUAGAUUAUGAAUUUUUUGAUUUAAAUACAACCUUAUGA